GCCUUGUAAAACCAAGAUCUGAGAUGGGGCUUGGGGCUUGGGGACAGUCUGCCAUAGCAGCCUACGCUAUACAUGUAGUAUAAUGAAAUGAAUACAUGUACAUAUCAUGUGUAUGACAUGGACAAGAAUCUCUUCAGGAAGAAACCAAGAAAAUUCAAAUUUGAGUCGGAAAGAUUGCCGAGAGUUUGAGGUAGAAAAUUGGUUAUGCUUUGGUAGGGUACGAUUUUGUUUACAUUGCAUCCGAAUUGGUAAAGCAAAUGCCCCAGCUUCAUCUUGUAGAACCAUAUCUGCAGUACUGCUGAUGGUCGCCAUGGGAUGCUUUUGCAGUCGGCCCAUCUGGGUGAAAUCAUUACACCGGCUUACAACAUGGUGGAAGGUCCACAAAGGGUUUUGGAUGCAAUUUCGGCAUGUAAUCCAACAAUUCUUAAGAGAGAAUUGUAUCAUUUCGUGCCCUAUACAGUAACUGUAUUUUGAGAAUGAUACGUCAGACAAUAUUAUAUUAGAUAGCUUCUUCACAAAAGAGAGAUUGUAUGCAUAAAGGUUAGGAGAUUUUUCAACAUUCCACUACGUAUCACCAGAUCUGUAAAACCUGUGUCGUCAUUGUUAGAGCGCAUUGUCCUUAAUCAAUUCAAUGAUUUGUUUCAUGUCAUGUCUUUAGAAAUUACAGUAUUAUUUAUUCUUUGAUAUUUUGGAGGCUGACUGGGGCGAGGAGAGAUACACGACAUCGAUGUCGACAAUGGCUCCUCGAUAGUGCCGCUCUUCAUAGAUAAUCUAAGCUUGCGUCUCUUUGGAGGUCGUUUUUCUUUAAAAGUACUUUAAAAUAGACCCCAAAAAACACUGAUACUAGUACUUUGAAAUUGACACCUCAAGAACAUGAUGCAAAGCAGAAACACUUCGAAUCCUCUGAAAUGAAAUGGGUUGUGAUGCUUCUUUCUAUCAACUUGAUAUUCUGCAAAGGUCUCAAACACCAACAGGUGAACGUAAACAUAAAAUAUCUUGAUUGGCCCAACACUGCCCAUGGGCAUACAGGUAUGCACAUAAUGUUGUUAGACUACAGUGCUUACUUCUGUCUAUGAUUCACCGGACUACUUCAGGAAACAAAGUCUGUACGUGCACAUGAGGUGGAGCUAGAGUGUUUUCGAAUUAUAGACGAUCGAGUCGGAACGAGACGGCACAUAUCAGCUGGCCACCAUGGUCCACACAAGAACAAUGUCUUGUCUGUUAGUGCUUUCGCUCGCUGUCCUGACCAGAGUUGUGGCUGCCCUUGACUGCGCACCCCAGUGCCGAUGUUACGGUAACACCACCGACUGCAGCCACGGUGUCCUUACGGAGUUUCCUCGGAUUCAACUCAUACCCUCUUCUACAGAAAUCCUUCUGAUGAAUUAUAAUCGGAUUUCAGAGGUGAGACGUAGUCCUCGGCUUCCUAACCUACUGGAACUGAACCUGGAAGAUAACUCCAUCACUGGCUUAACACGCCUCGGAAUUUUCAUUCACAAUCCCAACCUUCAGGUUCUCCGGUUAGGAGGGAACGUGAUCUCUACUGUACCCGCUUCGGCUUUCCUUUGGCUGAGCCAACUUGUGAGACUUUUCUUAAAUAGAAAUACCAUCGAAACAAUAACUGCGUUUGGAAGUAAUUCCUUCGUUGGCAGCUUGAAGAUGCUCGACUUACAGGACAACAAGCUCACCUCCAUCGGCAUCGGGACUUUCACGGGAGUCUCGCUUCUUACGGAGCUCAACCUCUCGUCUAAUAACAUCUCAACGAUAGAAGACGGGAGCUUCAGUCACCUCAAGGAGCUACGCGUCCUGUACCUGCAUUCAAAUCAUAUCGGCGCGUUGAACGAUGCAACCUUCCUGGGGAUGCCAGCCUUGACUCGUCUGACCUUGGGCCACAACAAGAUUCAGACUCUGCCUGAUAUGACCUUCACCGGCUCCACAAACCUGGAGUUUCUGGACCUGUCAUUUAACGACAUCUCCACAGUCCCGCGGACAGCGUUCUCUGGACUGUACAAUCUUACCACAUUGCUCCUGGACAGGAACAACAUCAGCUCUAUCGAGGACGGAGCGUUUGGUGACCUGGUCAAGCUGCAGUCGUUGGUCCUGAGAGACAAUGCGCUACACAACAUGUCGGCAUCGACUUUCACCACUCCGGACCUAUUGGAGCUGGACCUGGCUGAGAACAGUCUCGCGGCUGUCCGGAGGGAGGAUUUCGCCAGGCUGACAAAACUGAAGUAUCUUCAUCUGCAUGGUAACGUCAUCACACGUGUGGAGGACGGCUCAUUCGCCAAUCUUAACAACCUUCUUGUGCUGGAAAUUUUUGGGAACCGUCUGACUAGUGUGUCAGCUGCAACAUUUGAAGGUACACAAUAGACGCU